CGGAAGUUGACCGGAAAAGCUCUGUAGCACGCGAAGCUAACAUGUUUUCACAGGCACAGCAGUGAGAAGUCUCACUAUGUUGCAUCUUAAAUAUUGGCAGCGUUGCAGUGGUCUUGUUCGCGGACGUGAAGACAUCUUUCUAGUUGCGUGCCUUGUGUGAAAGCUUCAGCUAGCUUACAGUUUAGCAGCUCGCGAAGCCAGUGAGUAACAAAACACUCAUUCAGCCUCUGAUUUACGUCCUAAUUGUUGCUUUGCGACCAUCAAGCUACGAGUCAUGCUGCUAACGUGGACAGCGAGUACAAUAUGAAAGUCAAUUAGUUAAUAAUUAGGUACAUGUUAGUUAACCUGCAAAGAAAACUGCCUUAUUGUUGUGAUAUCUUUUUUUUUUUUUUAAAGAGUUCAGACUAGUGAUGGCGAGAUGAAGCUUCCUGAAGCAUUGAAGCUUUCCAUCCAAUUGGUUCACUCAUGGGCCGGAAGCUUCAUGAUGCUCCAUUUGCUCUACUGCGCCAUCAAGUGGACAAUACAUGUAAAACGGGCAGAGUGAUUAUAACGGCACCAUGACUUUGGUGUGUGUGAAGCUUUGAAUUGAAUAAGUGAACGAAUGAUGUUUGUGAUGUAAAUACAUGAAUUAUGAACUUAUUAAUGUGGUGUCUGUCUUCAUAAUACAAUGGCGGGUACAGUGCCCUUUCACAGGGCACAGAUAAAGCUGGGGUAGAGAGAAUAUUUAACGAUGGUUAUUAUUACUAUGUGCAACGCUUGUUAAGAGCCCAGACAGGGGAACAUCUCCUCUUUAUUGCUGGUUCCAAGCUUGAAUACUUUGCAAACAAAUGCGCAAUAAAGUCCCAACCCAUCUUCUGAAUCAGUCACGUGGGACGGCCGACUCGAACGAACGUCAUCAACACAAGCCUCGAUACGCGCUUCACAAACAGCUUCCUGGAUUACUCGACACAUCACUAGUUCAGACCAAUUAAGUCAGAUUAACAUAACUCUGAGUGAUCUUCUAGUUAAGACCCCUGAGAUAAAAGUUGUUUAAUUUCACAUGUUGACUUAUAAUUGCCACCUGAGCCAGGAAACUAGUCUGAACUCUGCACUGUGUCGCUGUUGACGUCUCAAGUGUUGCGACAUUGCAAAGAAGUAAAGGUAAAAGACUGCUUUACGGCACAGAUGAAACACGCCAAAAGAGGAACACAACAGACAACCCAGUCUGUAACUGGUACACUCUGAAAGACGAGCCUCCAGUAAAAGAUGGCCGAUUCCACAGGCUUAAAAAGACCGGCUCAAGGAAAAGGAAAGCCUUGCCCCAAAGACAAGAGACGCAAACUUUCCCCGAGGAAGGAAACACACGUGAGGUCUCGCGUGGACAUCGGACUGGCCAUUAAACCGUGGCGUGCACUGAAAGCGAGGAAAGGGUGGAAAACGGACGCAGAGGUGGCCCUGCGUCUGCUGGACGAAACGAAGACGUUGCCCACCGAUGAUGAGAAGAUUAAAUUCUCCGAAUCGGAAAUGCAGACGCUGAUCGAGCAGGAGGUUCACACCGCAGUGCAGAAGAAAGAAUCCAAGCUGAAGGCUCUGAUAGAAACUAUUGAGAAGCUGGAUCGCGAUGUCGACUAUAUGAGCUCCAUCCAAAAACUGCAGACCCGAAUUAACACGGUAACCAAGAGAGCCGAAGCAGCGAUUGCCUUCAUGACAGAGAAAAAGAGCCCUGUGCCGUCGUCUUUUGUUAACAUCAAGAGGCGAGACUCCGAGGACGAAACCAUGGAAACCGCGGCACUGACUGGCAUAAAGAGCACGAACUGCAUGGACGAUAAGGGAGAGGACUUUGAGAUGAUGGAAAACACAAAACAGGCACUACAGAAUAUGUAUGCUAAUAAUGAAGCUUUGAAGGGUGCCAUGGAAGAUUUAAAAGAGGAGCUGCCUCCUCCGGUUCUCACCCCUUAUGGUUCCCCUGAGGCAAAGGUCGGAGCGAAAAGGCCAAAAGAAGAGCAGGUGAUGGAGAACAUCGCCGCGGAGCCCGUGCAGAGUGUGGAACCAAAGGUCAGGCCGGUGAAAGUAGAACCUCUCCCUCUUAACGAGAGCGACGGUCCCAACAACACCGACUCCGAGCAGGAAGAGCCCCUGUACCCCCCUCUUCCCACCCAGGCCUUCCCCGUCACCCUGAACAUGGAGGCGGCCUUGUACAACAUCCCCCUGAGACCAAAAGUGCGCCUGGCUCUCAUCAGGAACAUGGGCCUCUCUCUGCUCUGGAACACGGAAGAGGAGGACGCCCAUGGGCCGCCCAUGUGCAGCUACAGCGUCUUCAUUACCGUGGAGAAGGAGAAGGGGAGCAACGUCUUCCCAGAUUGGACCCUCGCUCAGGUGGAGGCCAAACCUCUGCCCAUGUGCAUGAUGAUCAACAAGUACAAGCUCGGGCGCAAGGUUUGCGUCGCCGUGGUGGGCAAAGACAAGUUCGGCCGGUUCGGACCGUACAGUAGCGUUGAGACCGCGUCCUUACCCGACUAGUCGGGAGGAGGCGACACCAGAGGUUUAUACACUUUUCACCGUUUACACGUGCCUUAAGGUUGACGUCACGGGGAGCCGUCCGGAGGAGACCAUGUUACUUAUUUAGUUUUGUUGCUGCCUUUUUUCUUUUUUCUUUUUUUCUCUAUGCAAUUUUCAGUUUUAUAAAACGUGCAGCAACGAUCACGGUUCUAAAAGGCAGCAGUGCGCGUGGCCAUGUCUACGGCGCUUCUUUCUCUGUUCGGGGGUCUGGCACUCACGCUGGCGUCGGUUAAGCCAUAAAUAAACAGUUUAUUGUUGAGUUAUCGGUUCACUUUGAAAACAUUCUCAAAACUCCAAACGUCUUUGUGACGUAUAAGUAUUACAUGGUUUGUUUUCCAUUAAAGUUAAGUGUUUUUUUGAAUGUGUAUGAUAAAUGUUUUGUCGUUUUUUUUUUUUUUUUUUUAAGUAAGAAUCUGAAAGAGAGGUUGUUCAGACUGAAGGAAUGUGCAUGUGUUGUUAUCUCACGCAGGAUUGUUUUCCCAAUAAAUGCUGUUUUGAAUUG